GCCUGGAGGCUGGAGAGGUGGGCCUUGUGCUGACCUAUGCUGUAACACUGAUAGGAAACUUCCAGUGGACAGUGAGACAAAGUGCAGAGGUGGAGAACAUGAUGACAUCAGUGGAGAGGGUGGUGGAGUACACUGAGCUAAAGAGUGAAGCACCCUUAGAAACUCAGAAGCGUCCUCCCCCUGAUUGGCCGAGCCAAGGAAUGAUAACCUUUGAUCGAGUGAACUUCUUUUAUAGCAAGGAUGGACCACCGGUCCUCAAAGACAUCAACGCCACGUUUCAACCCAAAGAGAAGGUUGGUAUUGUGGGUAGAACAGGAGCGGGGAAAAGCUCUCUGGUCUCGGCUCUGUUUCGCCUGGCAGAGCCCCAGGGAAAGAUCUACAUCGACGGUAUUGUGACCUCUGAGAUUGGCCUACAUGACCUGCGCCAGAAGAUGUCCAUCAUUCCUCAGGACCCAGUUCUCUUUACUGACAGUGUGAGGAAGAACUUGGACCCUUUCAACCAGCACACUGAUGAAGACCUGUGGAAAGCUCUGGAAGAGGUACAGAUGAAGUCUGUGGUGGAGGAGCUGCCUGGGAAGCUGGAGACUGUCCUGGCUGAGUCAGGCUCCAACUUCAGCAUGGGCCAGAGGCAGCUGCUGUGCCUGGCCAGAGCAGUCCUGAGGAAGAACCGCAUCCUCAUCAUCGACGAAGCCACGGCCAACGUUGACCCAAGGACAGAUGAGCUGAUCCAGAAAACCAUUCGGGAAAAGUUCAGAGACUGCACUGUGCUCACCAUCGCUCAUCGCCUCAACACCAUCAUAGACAGCGACCGUAUACUGGUGCUGGACAGUGGCACCAUCCAGGAGCUGGACUGUCCUUUCACUCUACUGCAAAACAAGGAGGGUGCUCUCUACAAGAUGGUGCAAGAGAUGGGCCAGGCUGAGGCAGCGGCUCUGCUGGAGUCAGCAGGAAGGUGAGGUCUACUUCCAACAAGUCUCUCUCACACCCAAACAGAGAAGUUAAACUGUGACGUGGAGUGAAACACUGGAAUCAGCUGAACUCUUGCAGCAACCUCUGAGCACCGCGAGCUCCUCCUGCCUCCAACUGUGUGCAACGACUGGGGCGUUUGAUGUUUUUUAUGCUUUGAUCUUAUUUGAUCUGUGUCUGUUUUUAAGUUAUGUUGAAAUCAUAAAUUAUGGUUACAUUGUCACAUGUGAACAAGCUACUCUGUAAGAUCUGUAAGCUUCAGAAUUUGACCUUGAAUUCCCCAACCGUUAU